UUGAGGGAGGAUCCCAGUGAUAAUGAUGGUUUCAACGUCGUAGGCACUUUAAGCUUAGAAAACCUACAGUUACAUGAGAACAGACCUAACGUGGAUAAUCUGCUGGAAAAAAGGCAUUCUGCAGAUAUUUUUCCUGUAGAAAUUUUGCCUUAUCUGUAUUUGGGCAAUGCUGAUACUGCAGCUGAUCGAGAAGUUUUGGACAGGUAUAAUAUAAGAUACAUUAUUAAUGUAACAAGAGAUGUCGAGAACAACUUUGAGAGCGACGAUCAUUUUCAUUAUCUCAAGAUUGCUGUUGAUGACUCCUGCUCAAACAAUCUUGCUCAGUACUUUCCAAAAGCGAUAAACUUUAUUGAAGAAGCCUCGAGAUCAGGAAGUGCUGUUCUGGUGCAUUGUUUAGCAGGUAUCAGUCGCAGUGUUACCGUUUGUCUUGCAUAUUUGAUGCAUGCUAAAAGGAGCACUUUAGAUGAAGCUUUCGAUCUAGUUCAUAAAAGGAAUGCUUUGAUUGCUCCGAAUUUCCAUUUUAUGGGUCAGCUCUCCGAAUUUGAAAGGCAGCUUGCUGGCUCAAAAAUAUGUGUUUUGGCGGUGACAAAAUUUUUACAUUUACCGAUUUUUCAGUCGAUGUGA